CGUCCCACCGCGCGCCAAGGCAGCUCCGGCACCACCUGGCUGGCACGGCCCGGCCCGGCCGGAGGGGGGCGCAGGAGGGCGGCGCGGGGACAGGUGCGGGGCGGGGCACGGGGGCGGGACCACCCAGGCCUACAGCAGCCGCGCCCGCUGGGCCAGAGAGGCCGCUGAGGCCGCGGCGUCCGCCAGCCUGCCCCGCGCCAUGGCCCUGCGCGCCCGGCGGCGCCGCCGGCUAUCCGCGCUGCUGCUGCUCUGCGCGCUGCUCGCCCGGCUGCAGGUGGCUCUGCAGAUCGCUCCUCCAUGUACCAGUGAGCGGCAUUAUGAGCAUCUGGGACGGUGCUGUAACAAAUGUGAACCAGGAAAGUACAUGUCUUCUAAAUGCACUACUACCUCUGACAGUGUAUGUCUGCCUUGUGGCCCGGAUGAAUACUUGGAUACCUGGAAUGAAGAAGAUAAAUGCUUGCUGCAUAAAGUUUGUGAUACAGGCAAGGCCCUGGUGGCCGUGGACGCCGGCAACAGCACGGCCCCCCGGCGCUGCGCCUGCACGGCUGGGUACCACUGGAGCCAGGACUGCGAGUGCUGCCGCCGCAACACCGAGUGCGCGCCGGGCCUGGGCGCCCAGCACCCGUGUACGGGUUGGAUGUUGCAGCUCAACAAGGACACGGUGUGCAAACCUUGCCUUGCAGGCUACUUCUCAGACGCCUCUUCCUCCACGGACAAAUGCAGACCCUGGACCAACUGUACCUCCCUUGGAAAGACGGUAGAACAUCAUGGGACAGAGAAAUCCGACGUGGUUUGCAGUUCUUCUCUGCUAUCUAGAAAACCACCAAAUGAACCCCAGGUUUACUUGCCCGGUGUAAUAAUUCUGCUUCUUUUCACAUCUGUGGCCCUAGUGGCUGCCAUCAUCUUUGGCGUUUGCUAUAGGAAAAAAGGGAAAGCACUCACAGCUAAUUUGUGGCACUGGAUCAAUGAGGCUUGUGGCCGCCUAAGUGGAGAUAAGGAGUCCUCAGGCGACAGUUGUGUCAGUCCACACACGGCAGCCUUUGGUCAGCAGGGAGUGUGUGAAGGUGUCUUACUGCUGACUCUGGAGGAGAAGACAUUUCCAGAAGAUACGUGCUACCCAGAUCAAGGUGGUGUCUGUCAGGGCACGUGUGUAGGAAGUGGUCCCUACGCACAAGGCGAAGAUGCCAGGAUACUCUCAUUGGUCAGCGAGACUGAGAUAGAGGAAGACCGCUUCAGACAGAUGCCCAUGGAAGAUGAAUACAUGGACAGGCCCUCCCAGCCCGCAGACCGUUUACUGUUCCUCACUGAGCCUGGAAGCAAAUCCACACCUCCUUUCUCUGAACCCCUGGAGGUAGGGGAGAAUGACAGUUUAAGCCAGUGCUUCACAGGGACACAGAGCACAGUGGGUUCAGAAAGCUGCAGCUGCACUGAGCCACUGUGCGGGACUGAUUGGAUUCCCAUGUCCUCUGAAAACUACUUACAAAAAGAGGUGGACAGUGGCCAUUGCCCGCACUGGGCAGCCAGUCCCAGCCCUAACUGGGCAGAUGUCUGCACAGGCUGCCGGAACCCUCCUGGGGAGGACUGUGAACCCCUCGUGGGUUCCCCGAAACGUGGACCCUUGCCCCAGUGUGCCUAUGGCAUGGGCCUUCCCCAUGAAGAAGCAGCCGGCAGGACAGAGGCCAGAGACCAGCCCGAGAACGGGACUGAUGGGAGGCUCCCAAGCUCGGCAAGGGCAGGCGCCGGGUCUGGAAGCUCCCCUGGUGGCCAGGCCCCUGCAUCUGGAAAUGUGACUGGAAACAGUAACUCCACGUUCAUCUCCAGCGGGCAGGUGAUGAACUUCAAGGGCGACAUCAUUGUGGUCUACGUCAGCCAGACCUCGCAGGAGGGCGCUGCGGCGGCGGCGGAGCCCGUGGGCCGCCCGGUGCAGGAGGAGACCCUGGCGCGCCGCGACUCCUUCGCGGGGAACGGCCCGCGCUUCCCGGACCCGUGCAGCGGCCCCGAGGGGCUGCGUGAGCCGGAGAAGGCCUCGCGGCCGGUGCAGGAGGAGGGCGGGGCCAAGGCUUAAGGGCCCCUCAUGGCCCCAGCGCCGACCAGCGCCGACCACCCAGGGAUCGAUCGGUAUAGUCGAAGAAGACCACCGGGCAUUCUCCGCCCACCUUGCCCUCUAGGAAAUGGGCUUUUCAGCAAGUGAAUUGAUGAGGACUCUCCCCAGGCCCACGGAUGCUCAGCAGCUCCCCUGCACUGGGGCAGAUGCCUCCCCUGCCGCCCCUCAUACUCGCAGCAGUAAUUUGUGGCACUAUGACAGCUAUUUUUAUGACUAUCCUGUUUUGGGGGAGGGUGGGGGUCUGUGUUUUCCCCCCAUAUUUGUAUUCCUUUUCAUAACUUUUCUUGGUAUCUUUCCCCCCCUUUUUUAAUGUAAAGGUUUUCUCAAAAAUUAUCCUAAAGGUGAGGGUCUCUUUCUUUUCUUUUGCGUUUUUUUUGUGUUUUUGUUUUUGUUUUUGUUUUCGUUUUGGCAACCUGGCUCUGGCCCAGGUUGGAGUGCAGUGGUGCGAUCAUAGCCCAGUGCAGCCUCUAACUCCUGGGCUCAAGCAAUCCAAGUGAUCCUCCCACCUCAACUUCCGGAGUAGCUGGGAUCACAGCUGCAUGCCAUGCCCAGAUUCUCCCCCUCCCCCGCACCGAGACAGGGUCCCACCAUGUUACCCAGGCUGGUCUCAAACUCCCCAGCUAAAGCAGCCCUCCAGCCUCGGCCUCCCAAAGUACUGGGAUUACAGGCGUGAGCCCACACGCUGGCCUGCUUUACGUAUUUUCUUUUGUGCCCCUUCUCACAGUGUUUUGGAGAUGACUUUCCCUGUGUGUGUUCAUUGUAAGCACUUUAGGGAAAAGGCCAAACAUGUGAGACGCGGAGAUAGUUGCUGGGAACAUGUGGUGGGACUUCCAUAUUCUGAAAAAUGUUCUGUAUUCUCAUUUUUCUAAAAGAAAGAAAAAAGGAAACCCUAUUUUUUUCUCCUGAAUGUUUUUAAGUUUGUGUCGGUCCUUAAGCAGAACUAAGCUCAGUAUGUGACCUUACCCCCUAGGUGGUUAAUUUUUCCACGCUGGCAGAGGCACUCAGGUACUUGGUAACCAAAUUUCUAAAACUCCAAGUUGCUGCGGCUUGGCAUUCUUAUUCUAGAGGUCUCUCUGGAAAAGAUGGAGAAAACGAACAGGAUAUGGGGCUCCUGGAAAGAAAGGACCAGGGAAGUUCAAGGAAGAAUGAAGUUGAAAUUUUAAUUUGGAUUUUCUUUGUUUAGAUAAGAAUAGCAUAAAUGGAUCCUCUUUUAUUCGUACAUAAUCGUGCAUCUGUAGGUUGGCCUUGUAGAAGUGGAAAACAUUCCAUUUUCCAAUGCAUUUAAAUUUAAAGCCAAACCGCAUGUUGUGAAUUUAAGAAAACUUCUUAUCCUAAAGGUGUCUUUCUCUUGGCAUCAUCCCCCUUGUGAGAAACCUAGAGGAUGGUCCAGAUGGAAGGAAAUUCCCUGGGUGGUUUUAUCUUUUGUUACUCAGUGAGCACUGGUUCCCUGCAAAUACUGGAGAAAAGCAAAAAUACGCAAGCAAGUUAAAAUUAAUUUUGUACAUCUGCUAGGUUAUAAAAGAAAGCACUAAUAGUGGUCACUGCCCAGACUUUAUUGGCCACAAAUGCCCAGCUGAAGAGCAUGACUGUGGAUCACUGGUUUUUCCCUCCUGCUGGAAAUACUGGGGUGGUAGCGGUCAAUUAGGAUUUUCAAUGGAGAAGCACAGGACAGUUCUGUAAUUUAUGAGACUCCUUAGCCAACAUAAAGAACUGCAGGAAAUAACUGCACAACCAGGAGGAUCUGUUGGUGGGAAUUUACUGUCAUUCCUGCCCUUUUACUUAACAUCAUCCACAGGGAGAUGUUAUACAAAUGGAGGAAAUCAUUAUACCUUUUGAUAUGGAAUAUAUUACAGAGUUAGUUCACAAAGUAGACCUCUGAGCUGAAAACCCAAGUUUCUGCUGUGACUGUCAUCUCACUGAGCACUUCGCCUUUCUUUGCUUUUAUUUGUUCCUUCUAUAAAAAGGCAAUAAUGAUAAUUUAUAAUAGUUUCCCUACCCAGAGAUAUCAGAAGGAUGCUACAGUGAAUGUUAAAGUACCUUGAGCUCCUUAAAUCAAAGGUGCUAUAUAAAUAUGUAAGACUCUACUUUCAGAAAAAGGUAAUAUUCUUUCCUGCACUGAUCCCUACUAAUUCUGUAUUGAUCCAAAGGCAACUAUAUGCUAAGAAAUGUAUAGAAAAUAUAAGUCUGUGUCUGUGUACUAUAGAGAUGUAUGUGAUAAGUGUUAAAAAAAUGAAGCAAUAAUGAACAGUUAUUGGGGGAACAUGAUAAAGAGAUUAUAUUAAACUUAUAUUUGACCAUAAAAUCCUUUUUAUGGCUUGCUAAAACUGGGCUCACUGUAAAAUCAUGAUCCAGCUUAUUGCUAAUCUUUAUGAUAUGCUUAUUCCUAAUCUUUAUGGUAUGGUGUCAACUGUUCAUUUGUAUCUUAUUGCAGGUUCCCUGGACCAUAGACAAGGGACAGAAAAUACCUGCUUUGAUAAUAUAUAUGCUGUUGAUUUCACAAAAAUUUCUUAAAAUACAGCCUGGGUACCCAGUGAAAGAGCUGAAACAGACAUGGAGUAUCAUGUUUCCUACUCACAUUUUAUCAGCUGCCGGAAGGAAGAAUGAAUUUCUCAAGAUCAGUUUGAAUGUGAUAGAUCAGAACCUUCAUGUGGUGGGGAAACUGUGAUUCUUUCAGUGUAACCACCCCAAGACUUAGUGACUUAAGGUAGUCACCACUGGCCAGGCACAGUGGUUCAUGCCUCCCAGUGCUUUGGGAGACCAAGGCAGGAGGAUCCCUUGAGGACAGUAGUCGAGAUCAAACUGGGCAACAGAGUGAGACCUCAUCUCUACAAAAAGUACAAAACUUAUCUGGGCAUGGUGGUGUGCACCUGCAGUCCCGGCUUCUCAGGAGGCUGAGGCAGGAGGAUGCUUGGACCCAGGGGUUCAAGGCUACUGUGAGCUUUGAUUGGGCCAGUGCACUCCAGUGUAAAAACAAAACAAAAACAAAAACCACCACUUAUUUAGCUCCCAAUUCUAUGGGUUGAAUCAGCUUGGGUCGUUCUUCAGGCCUGGUCCCACCCGGCCUGGUUUGCUUACCCGUUUACAAUGACCCAGCUGGUUGGCUGGGCCAGGCUGUGUGCUCUCCACCUGUCCCCCAUGCUUCCAGCCGCCCAGCUGGGCAUGCUCUCAUGGUGGUGUUGAGCCUGAGAACAAGCAGAAACCUGCCAGGCUUCUUGAGGCCUAGGCUUGUACUGGGACACUGUCACUUCUGCCACAUUCUGUGGGCCAAAGCAGGUCACAAAGGCAGCCCAGAUCCAAGGGAUGGGGGAACAGCCCAUCCCCCCACGGGAAGCAUUGCAGAAUGACAGGGUAGGGGGUGGACACACGGAGAGGAAGAUGGCGCCAUUGCCGUCUGUCCACCACAGGGCACUGCGUGGAGUAAAGCGCUGCAGGGAAGAGUGCAUCUGGGAACAAAAGAGGAACAUGGCCCAGCCCCUAACCAGUGAGUAGUUCCUUCUCUGGUGAUUGAAUUCCCUUAAUGCACAGCACUGUAGAUUCCCACAAUGGGAGGGACACCCACAUUCAUAUUUCAGUGCUGUGUCAAAAUUCCUUCCAGAGCCAAAUAUAGGUGAUUUGGGAACUGAGCCCACUGUACUACUUCCGCGUUCCUUUGGCACAGAAAAUUGAAAAGUGACAACUUCUAAAAUCAAGAAAACUGGUGAGAUACCUUGGGGUAGAGGAACCUGCAUAUAAACAGAUAGAAGAUCUAGUGUUCACCCUUGACCCCAGCUCAACAAACAGAAUCUUGUUAUGAUUAUACAAGGGUGAGCUUGAGCAAAGGUGCUGUCUUUGGUGGAAGAAACGUAGUUUUGAGUUGUUUGCUCUUUGACAGUGUCUGAUGGCAUGUGAGUCUUGUGCAUCUGCUUUGGGGCGCGCUGGGCACAAGUUGCAUAACCCGCUUUGGAAGAGCAGAAAAAGCAUUCAAAGCCCUAAACACUCUGUUGAUAAGUCAUCAUGUUUAUUGAGUGUGCUUUUAGUGGCAGGGCCCUGAGCACCUGGGAAAGGAGAUGAGGAGUGCUGGAGGGUUCGGAGCAGAGAAGACGAGACAAUGCUCUGCUCCAAGCACCAGAGGAGGCCUCUGGAAAGGGACCGUCUGUGGAAUUCUUCACCCCUUCACCCUGCCGGUGAAGUCUUACAACCACUAAAGCUUUGCCAGAGAAGAGGCGGGACCUGACAUUGGGGAGUGGCGGUGCCAGCAGUGAGCACAGGCGGGGUCUAGGUGGCAUCACUGAAGCCAAGCUGAGCGGUGCAGGGGGAGCCACCCUGGACCGACACCCCCAUGGCUGCCCCACUGCAGAACUGCCUACUGCAGCAAAACAACCCUAUGUCCCCCAAAGUUUCAACAAAGAGGAGGAUCGAAUAAAUGUCCCAGUGGGCAGGCACCCCCACAAGACUUGCUGCUCCUCCUGACACACCCGCGUAGCUCUGCACAGCUGUGAGUCCAGUUUUCUCUCUUCCUACCUCCCUCUUACCCCAGUUAUCCUGACCCCAGGGUGGGAUUGAAACUCAUGCUUGGCUAACAUCUCUUUCCUUGAUCCCAUUCGUAAAACUGGCAUACAGGAAUGCUUUAAAAAAAAAAAUCUUUAAGAUUACCAAUAGUAUAAAAGUUAAAAUGACAAAAUUACAG